UUGCAGGUUUAUACUAUUUAAACCUUCACUUUUACUGUAUUACAGGCGUUCUCCAUGGUUUUAGUAAUGAGGUUUGAUGGCUUAAUACUUCCACAUGCUGACCUUGAUAUGUAAUCGUGAAUGAGACCUGCCUCUUGAUCUUUUGCUAUGUGGCUCGUGAUACAAGAGUGACCCCCUUCGAUUGGUUGUUUAAGCUGAAAAGAAAGAGUGAUGGAUACGCUAUUGACAGAAGUUCCAAGUUCUCUAAAGCAAUUGGCUCGACUUGUGGUACGUGGAUUUUACUCCAUAGAAGAUGCACUCAUCAUUGACAUGUUGGUUCGGAACCCAUGCAUGAAGGAUGAUGAUAUAUGUGAGCUUUUGAAGUUUGAGAAGAAAAUGCUGAGAGCACGAAUUGCAACUCUCAAGAAUGACAAGUUCAUUCAAGUACGCCUGAAGAUGGAGACUGGUCCAGAUGGUCGUGCACAAAGGGUUAAUUAUUAUCACAUCAACUACAAGACAUUUGUGAAUGUCGUGAAGUACAAACUGGAUCAUAUGAGAAGGAAGAUGGACACAAAAGAAAGAGAUGAGACAAGUCGGGCAUCUUUCAAAUGCCCCAGUUGUCUCAAAACUUUCACUGACCUUGAGGUAUACUCCUAUUCACCAAAGGCUUCCCUUUUUAUUCCAUCCCUAAUCACAGCCUUGUCCAUGCAUGGCAGUAUGUAUGACUUUGAAAAUGAAAUAAACCUGGAC